GAGCACACCGGCAAUAAAUCCUCAGCUUCCACAAUCCUAUGUCCUACUAGCUCAUUAGUCUUAAUAAAAGGCAACAAAAAUGCGGGAAACAUUUAUAUCAAUUCUCGCUCUUCUCGCCAUCGCCCCCUGCGCUAAAUGUUCCGACGUCGGCAAAGACGGGUUCAAUUUCUAUAAAGAUUACCUGCGUGCGCGGACUGAUGACGUCAUGUCUGAAGGGCCGGCGGCUGCAGAACGCAUGUUAUAUUUCUACCGCACUCCUUUGUCACUGUAUCCUGGUCUUCUCCCAGCCGUUGAGCAGGAAUAUAGGAAAAGAACGGGCAAUGCAUUCAAGAAUCACAUGUUAAGUAAGGAGCUUUGGGCAGGCGACAUGGGCAAGCGUGGCGCCAAGACUGCACUCUCGCUAAUCAUGCAAGGAAAACAUCCCUAUUAUGCGGAAGAGGGGCACUAUUGUCCGUACGGCAAAAGGGGAUGGUGGUGAUAGUACCGAAAGUCCUCGGGGAGACAACAAUAUGGAGCCAGUAGAAUAGAACAAAGUAUAUAAUAUUGCAUAUAUAACUGUUAUAACCUCACUAGUCAAACAAUAUAUAGUAGUAACUAGUACAUAAUAGUACAUUAUUUGUGACCUAAAUAUUAUUUCAACGGUGGACUUCAAUUAGUAAAGUGCAAAAUGUUGAAUUGAAUAAAAUUGUGAAAAU